UCAGAGUUGGAGUUGCACCAGGCAUCCUUGGAUCCUUAAAAACGCAUUUCAAAACGCGUUCUGAAAGCCUCCUGAUCGAUUAAAUCAGCGCAUUUUUCAGCAGAGUGUAUUGUGAGGUCGCAGGUCGAGAGGAUGACAGCUGGAGUGUGCUGCUCGUUGAUUGCUGCUUUAUUUUGUGUCUCUGUUUGUUUGAGCACAAGAGCUGAAGGAGCAGUAAAUGGAUCCAUUCAUUUGGCUGCAAGGUUGUUACCACAAAAGCCAGGAGUGUGUCCAAGCAAGAACCUCAGAAUAGGAGUGUGUGCUGAGAUAUGUUCCCAUGAUAGUGACUGUCCAAAUGAUGAGAAAUGCUGCAGCAAUGGAUGUGGAUGUCAGUGUAUGGCUCCAUAUAGAGCAGAACCAGAAAAACCAGGAGUGUGUCCAAAUAACAAUCUUGCAGUAGCUUUUUUAGUAAAGUGUGUCGAGUUGUGUUCCCAUGACAGUGACUGUCCGAAUGAUAAGUGCUGCAGCAAAGGAUGUGGACGUCAGUGUAAAGAAAAGCCAGGAGUGUGUCCAAGCAAAAACCUUGGAUUAGGAGCAUGUGUUGAGAUGUGUUCCCAAGAUGGUGACUGUCCGAAUGAUGAGAAAUGCUGCAGCAAUGGAUGUGGACAUCAGUGUACGGCUGUAUCUAAAGUAAAGCCAGGAGUGUGCCCAAAAAACAACCAUGAAGGAGUAUUUUCAGGAGCGUGUGCUGAUAGGUGUUCUCAUGACAGUGACUGUCCAAAAGAUGAGAAAUGCUGCCGCACUAAAUGUGGACUUGACUGUACACUUCCAUUUAUAGAAAAGCCAGGAGUGUGUCCAAGCAAAAACCUUGGAUUAGGAGCGUGUGUUGAGAUGUGUUCCCAAGAUGGUGACUGUCCGAAUGAUGAGAAAUGCUGCAGCAAUGGAUGUGGACAUCAGUGUAUGGCUCUAAGGUGAGGCCUGAUCAAUGUCUCAGACCAAAUGUGUGCUGAUAACGCUUCCCAUGAUGAUCAAUGUCCUGCCAGACCGAAGUGUUGCCCAACCACCUGUGCAUGCAGCUAACCAUGCCAGUUUAACCAUUGGGAAUUUUAUUUGAGGUCUUCUAUGUUCAUCAAAUAAAUCUGUUUAGCAAGA